ACCUGCGGGGCUGCACGGCCCGGCCGGCCAUGGCCGCGCUCCUCGGCCUCGUUUUGUUCAUGUAUUUCACGUGUAUAUCUACUGUCCAGACUGCUGACUGUCUGCAUUUGAGGGAGCAGUGUAUAAAUGCUGCAAAUGGAUGUGAGAGUGUCUGGAAUGUUGUUGAAGAUGCCUGCAAUAUUUCAGAAUAUUUGGAGUCUUUCUCAAGAUCAGACACUGAACUGAGUUUUAGGCAGCACAGAAACCCCAAAGACGAAAGGCACUCAGAAGAAUUGGAGAACGACUGCCGUAUUGCAAAACAACGCUGUCGAGAGGACCCUUCCUGCUUUGCCCUGUACAGGAGCUUCCAGAGAGCAUGCCAGGCAGAUGCAGCAAAGUGCAGGUUUCCAAUGGUCAACCAGGAGUGUUUGUCAGCAUGGAAAGAACUGAUGAAAACAGUGCUGGGACAGUGCAAGUGCUCAGAGCCACUUCAGAUGAGAUGCAUUAAAAUAUGGAAGGGAAUAUUUAACAACCGUUGUUUACAAUACUCUCAAGAGAGCCAAGCUUCGGCACCCAGUGGACAUGAUGACGACAGUGAUGAUGAUGACUAUAAUGCUGAUGUUGAUGAUGAGAAGAAUCUGGUCACUGACACAGACAAUAUUAGUAUGGAAACCAAAUUACAAUGGGGUUUAUCUGCUCUCUCGAAACAAGUGUACACAACAAAUAGAACCUGUUUGGAUGUGAACAGGGAGUGCGUUGAAGAUGAAGUAUGUAACAAACAGUUGUCCCUGUACCUUAAAGUUUGCUCAGUAAAUAAGAAGUGCAACAUGGAAGAAUGUCAAGCAGCCCUAAGGUCCUUCUAUCAAAACAUGCCUUUCGAAGUUGCUCAAAUGAUGAUAUUUUGUGAUUGUAUCCAGCAUGAUGAAUCCUGCCACAGAGCCAAAGAACUUCUCCAUGGCAAGCCCUGUGCAGUUACUGCAGUUCAAGCCCCAUCGUGCCUGAAUGUAAUCCAUAUGUGUGAAGAGAAUGAAUUGUGCAGGAAAAAGUACACAUCUUUUCAGUCAAAGUGUUGGAGACACGUGACAAAAAAAUGCUAUGAUGAUGAAGCUUGUCUUGAAACUUUAAUCAAGGAUGACAUGCCCUGUUCUGCAAAUGCUGAUUGCAAAGCAGCCUACAUUAGCAACUGGGGCACAAUGCUGCACGUGGAGUGUACCUGCCAGAAUCUGCCUCCCGUGGAGCAGUCUUUGUGCAAACUCUUCCAUCACAUGCUUCACAGCAAAUCCUGCUUCAGUGAGUUACGUCAAAUUUCCAUUCAGAAGAAUGGUUUUGGCUGGGUAAAUACAGAAAUGCCAGGGAAGAAGCCUUCUGGAGCACAGCUCCAUUCUUCUGCAAUUAGUGGUGAAACAGUCUACAUUAUUGCCUACUCCUCCUGCAUAGCUCUCAUAUUAGGAAUAGUCCUGUUGACUCUCCUCAACAUCAGGAAAGACCCGAAGUGCCUUAUUCUCCCCUUGCACUGUACUGGGAGUCAUGGUCCCUAACACACCAUUCUGGAUCCCACUUCCUGGCUAUGGGCUCUGGACUUCUCUCUGUAGCUGAGUUGUUUGGCUAGAUUUAAGCUUCUGUUUGUUACCAGUGAGUGGUCUUUGUCAAAUCUUGGUAACAAUCUGGUUCUGGUGAGCACAGGAUAAUGCACUGGCAUUUCUUAUUCCACUGUUAUCAAUGAGUAGCACAUGUAUUGUCUUGUUAUAAUAGCAUCUGAUUAAUUAAUUUUAUUUUGAAUGUGAUUAAUUUUAAUUUUGUUUGAAUUAUCACUAACUAAAUGUAACUCAUCUCCAGUUUUGACUAUGACAGAUGACUGAUCGAGGGCUAGAAAUUUAUGUGAGCAGAAAAGCAGGGAUCUCUACUUUUUAAUGUGACUUUUGCUUCUUACUUUGGUAGCUUGUGAAAUGAUUAGUGUGAGAGCAAAAUCUUAAGUGUGCAGUUCUGUUGGGGAGAGGUUUAGAAAUUUUUAACAAUUAUUAAAAUAUGCAUUUUCCCUGUCUUUAUCAUCUGCAUAAACCAAAAAAACUUGUUCUUGUUUUGCAGUCAAAUGUUUUGUCAUUACUAAAUCAGCAUUUGGAUAAAAAUACAGAAAAAUGCAGUUAUUUCGUUAAUUAAAAAGAUCUCCUUUGGCAGUCCAGCAAUUUGCAGUACUCAGCUCACCUCCCACCAUAGAGGUAUUUUAAAGUGGUAUAUUCAUAUUCUUCAUCUUAAAACUGUGAAGGAGAAAACUGAAAAUACUGUUGAGAAUAUGUUCUCAUCAGUGUUGGAUAAAAACAUUUCUUUAUGUAGGAAAUGUACUUAUGACAUGAACCUUGUGCUGGUUUUCAGUCUGACUUCAAAAAACAGUGAUGCAAUGCUGAAGCCUCCAUGUCACAAAAUUUGAAGAGAGCCAUUUAAAUACAGAUUUAACCAAAAUUUAGUCAACAACGAAAAAAUCUCGUUCUUAGAAACUUUUUGUUUUCUAACUAUCUUACAUUUAGACACUAGAAUUCCAACUCAUAUAUGUGCUUAGACACACUCACACUCACAAACAAAUAUAUAGAACAUAUUUCAAACUGAGGGUAAGUAUGUGAGUUACUCUGAAAGACAGCAAGAUAUUUAGUGGCUGUCAUGUUGCUUCUGUGAUUUUACAGGCUCUCUUCAUUAGAGAUGAAUUACAUGCUUAAUGGAAAAAGUACAUUUCCUCCAUUAUGCACGCAAAAAGUACUAUUGUGAUUCAUAUUUCGUAGUGAUACUGCAUUCUGUGAAUUGUAUCUAGGUGUUAGUUAUUAAAUAAAGGAAUUUCUGCUGGGAUGAUCUGUAUUCAGGUGACCAUGAU